AUGUCCACUCACCCAGAGGUUCCCGGCGAGCCGACUCAGACCGGCACGGCCUUCCUUGAAACGGCCACCGCCACCAUCCAAAACUUUGCUCCCAUCAACAAGAUCCACCAGCACCUCUGCGCGUUUCAUUUUUAUGCGUAUGACAUGACCCGGCAAGUGGAGGCGCACCACUACUGCGGGCACCAGAACGAGGAGAUGCAGCAGUGCCUCAUAUAUGAUAGUCCUGAUGCGGAUGCCCGGCUCAUCGGGCUAGAGUACAUCAUAUCAGAGAACCUGUUCCUGACACUGGCGGACGAGGAGAAGCCGCUGUGGCAUUCCCACGAGUACGAAGUAAAGAGUGGCGUGCUCUUCAUGCCCGGGGUUCCCGGUCCCAUACAGCGGCAGGACAUGGAAAAGGUUGCCAAGACGUAUGGUAAGGUCUUCCACUUCUGGCAGGUUGACAGGGGUGACAAUCUCCCUGUCGGGCUGCCCCAGGUGAUGAUGGCCCUCACCAGAGACGGCCAGCUUUAUGAAGACCUUCUUAGAGGUUUGGAGAAGCGUUACAGGAUAUCGGUUGACAAGGAGAGGAAGAAUCGAGCCCACAUCACGGGGCCGACGCGUGGAAUACACCCACUGGCAAACGGCGGAGGGAAGGGGCUGAAGACGGAGCUGAGGGAGGUGGCCACAGAUUCCGUGCCCAGGGUCUUUGUUUGA